UGAAUUUAAUUGAACUAGAAAAUCAUUUUUAUAACUAAUUUAAGAUAUUUUGUGGCAGUUAUCUUAUCCUCCCCAAAACACUCUGCAAUGUUUUGUUCAUUAUGCAACCUUUCUAUAAUCAAACCCAUUGUUGUUACCAAUGCCACCCUUCCUCAAAACCCAGAUCCUUCUUCUUCUUCUUCUUCUUCAUCUUCACCUCAACAAACCAAUCUUCCCCGAAGUAAAAAACCUUCACUAGGCCCCACAAGCUCCACUACUUCUGCACCACCAAACAAGCUUCCCCGUCGACCUCCACAGCCUUCAAUUAUGCAAAUUGAACGUGCCCUCGGCGCCGGAAGCUUCCGAGACGGCGAGCCUGAACUCAAAAAGGAGAAAGAUUCAGAUGCGAAGAAAACUACAAUGGAUUUGUUCUUGGGGCAAGCAUUUGAAGGGGUGAUGCAGAAAAAGCUGAGGGAAACAGGAGAGUGGCUUGGUGAAAAUGGAGAGACCAGAUUCCGCUCCACUAAGACUAGAAAAGGAAUUCUGGUGUUUGCGUUUCAAUGGAUGAUGCCAAUUUGGGUUUUAUUAUUUCUAAUAGCAUCUGGAGCCAUCAAGUUACCAUUUAGUACCCCAUUUCUUGAUGACCUCCUCAUGUGAACAUUGGCCGGUUGCUUUUGUAGAUUGAAUAACUAUUAAUUACUCAAAAGUUCAAAGGAACACUGCAUACAUUUGUAUUUAAUAGUUUAACAUUUUGGAAGUUCAGUCUUUUGGGAGUUGUACAGUCACUUCACUUAUUUGAUUGAACUUGUAUUAAUUAAAUGUCAAAUAUUGUAAAAUA